UAAUCUCUCUGAGACAUGUUCUUUUUUUACAUUUCCUGAAUCUUCUUUGUUGCAGAGUCAAUUCAUUGAAUCGAUACUCUUCGACCUUAAGACUAUGGACUGUUUACGCAGAAACAAAUGCCAGUCGCAAAGAUUUGCCAGGCUUCCGUGUCCACCACCUACCGGAGGAUGGAAACGGCCAUCAAAAGACUUGAGUUAUCCAGUGACGAUUGAUACGGUUCAAGAAUUGGGUGAAAAUUCACUUUUUAUUAAGUGGAAUGUUCACAAUUUUGGUAAUAUCGGUGGUUAUGAAAUUUUCCUCGAUGGAUACUUGACUAAUCGUUAUUUCAACUGCCUUCAUCGAGCAGCUGUUAUUUGUGAAGUCGAUCUUCGCUGUCCUCACAGGAUAAUCCUACGCGCUCAACCACUUCUUCCACUAAGAAAUUCAUCAUGCUUCCACUUAUCAACUGCAAAUACAAAACGUCCUUCGAAUGCCACAACUACUACCACUACUCAUCUUGAAGCAAGUUGUCCACAAUCAGAUGGUUCUGUUUGGUAUCCAAGUGUCUAUCAUUUUGAACCAAAUUUAUAAUCAUCUUCAUCAGCACCAACAAAUGCGGGUCUUUAUUGAUCACUGCUCUUUAAUGUGCUGUUUAAAUACUAGUCAAAAAAAUUAUGUUUAAAAUUAAAAAUAAUGAAAAUGAAAAAAAAAUGUUUGAGUAAAAUAUGUUGUGUAGAAAAACAAAAAAAAAUUAUAAAAUUAUUUAAACAAUACAAAUCACAAACGCAUUUUUGAAAAAUAAGAACAAAAUCUAUGGCUAGAAGUAAUUGAAAAUUGAUGUAUACCCGUAAGCUAUUGAAACGAAGAAAAAGCAAAGUGCCUUAAUUUUAAAAUAUUUUAUUUUAUUUAAAUUUAAUUUGUUGUUAAUUUAAAAUCUAAACUAAAAAAACUUAACUUUUAAUUUAUUUUUAUUCGCUUUGAUUUGUUUAUUUUGUUUGCCAGUACAAUAUACGACAUACAUACAACAUUUAAUUCUAAAAUACUUUUUAAAGUAUAAAUAAAUACAUGAAGAACUGUGCUUGAUAAUUUCUACUCAUAUUAGUUUUUAAGUUUUCUUUUGUAGUUUCUUAUUGUUUAAAAAAUUUACAUUCAUAAUUUUCGUUUUUUAUAUUUUCAAUGAAAACCCAUUUUCUUAGAGCUUCCAUACGUAAUUUGUUUCUUUCAAAUGGAUGAGAAUUUUCAAAAACCUUUAUAAACAAAACAAAACAAAAAAAAAACAAAUAUUUAAAUUGUCCUAUGUUGUAAAUAAUAUUAUUUAGUUUAUCAUGCAUUCAUUAUACAUAACAACAAAAUAAUUAUACCUAAAUAUGAUUAAGUGAAAAAAAGUUAAAGAAAAAAGUAUUUAAUCUCCACUAUGGUCAUUUAUUUGCAUGCAUUACACAAACAACAACAAAAAAGGAAAAUCAUUCUUAACUGUUUUAAAUUAAUAACAAACAAAAAUAAAGAUUUUUUUCUUAAAAAUGCAUUACACAAUAA